GGAAAUUCUCAAGAUAACUAUUUGCUGCUGCUGAAGUUCGUUUCGAUUAUCAUUAAGAGAUUAUUGAGGAUUUAAUAAUGGCAUUGUGUCAUAAAAACGCUCAUGUGCCUUUUCAUGUGGCUGGGGAUUAACGACAUCUUCACGUAUAUUUUGGAAUUUUCUCACAUUUGGGCGACAGAUGGCGGUGAAGUGCACGUGCAUCGCCAUGUUCAUUAUUUGUCAACAGUGUUUCAUUGCCAACACUUUCAACAGUUCAUAUUUUCUGUCCUAACAAAGUUUUGCUAAUCCAAAAUUUGUUACUGGUUUUCCUUAUACCGGCAACUUGCAUAUAUGGUGUAAUGUAGCGUAUGGUGAAAGCGCUCGUAGCCUCUAUUCAUCUGAGUCGUGACGGAUGAGAACUUAUUUGAAGCCAAUGACUGAGUCAAUGACUGAAUGAAUGUCAGAAUGACAAUCAUCACAAUGUCAUUGAAUCAUGAACGUUAUGAGACGCCGAAGUAAACCAGAAAAAUGACUCCUACUACUACUAGUAGUACUACUAGCAGUAAUUAUAGUAAAAUAAAAAAGUAUAUUAAACAAGAUCGCCUCUUAAAACUUCGACGCCGCGUAUUAAAAAAGCGAUUGGAUCUUUCUCACAUUCGAUUGAAAGGAGACCAAACACUGCUACAUCUAGCAGCUAAGUCAAAAAGUCGGUACAGUUUGGAGUAUCUCCUGGAAGAAGGACUGAAUCCAUUGCAUAGUGAUCGCGAUGGCAAUACCGCUCUCCAUCUUGCUGCAGAAGCUGCCUUAUCAUCAUCAUCUCCUUGCCAGGUAUACGAAGCAAUUGUGAGCCCGCUGGUAACUGCAGCACCGGCUGCACUAAACUAUGCAAACUGUGAUGGAACCAUACCAAAGACCCUACUAUGUGCCUUCCGACGCUACGAUAGCGAGAAGGAGCAGCCGGGUGUAGAUACGUCACCUAAUAUUGCACACUCCGAUGUUGGCUGGACGAAAGCUCGUGACAAUGAUGCUUGGACACAAAAGCUAGCAGAAGAGCUAGAUGAUGAGUUCAGUGGAUCAUGGGGGAGAUACAAUGAAGAUUAUCCGUUGGAAGAAGAUGAACCAGGCACAUAUGAUGAGUGGGCGGAUAAUAUGCGGCAGCGGUAUGCAAGCAAUCAGAGGAAGCGCUUUGGCGAUCAGUACGGAGACACAAGGCAUCAGAAGCAAGAGAAACAGCGACUGGCUGAGGAGCAGAAGAAAGAGGAGCAGAAAAGGUUUCAGAAGAAGCUUGAGAAAGACCAUGAAGAAUAUCAGAAAAGAGUCAUUAAGCAGAGGAAGGAGAAAGAACUUCUUGUUAAGAAGCAGAGCUACAAUGCGAUUUGCGCAAAGGUUUUCGACGAAUCCACGACCGCCAUUCGCCUCGUCGACCUGCCGUUCCGCGACGAAGACGACAUGAGACGUCUGGCAGACAUCCUCCUCUGCGACGUCAUUGGCGCGGACGACGGUAAGCGCUACCUACGCGGCCAGCAGCGGGGCUUGCUGAAGUCGAAGUGUCUGCUCUCCUCGUACCAACCCGUGAUAACGUUAUCAGCCAUUGUCUCCGUCUCCGCGCUCUGCGUCACCAUGCUGAGAGUUUCUCCAAUAUCUGCAGGUACAAAGUGUAGUUGGAUGGAGGCAUUCCCGAGCGGCGGGGCCGAGCUGAUGCUGUGCGUGUGGAUGAAGCAUCGAUCCUAACACUGCAAUUCUACCCGGACU